AUGGGGCUGAGCGUGGAGCCAUGGGGCUGCGCACGGAGCCAUGGGGCUGCGCGUGGAGGUGCGCGGCUGCGUCUGGAGCCCCUGUUAAUCGGACAGAGAUGGCAGGGCUGUGUCUCCACGGCCGGAAGCUCUCAUAGGGCACCCACAGCGGCUCCCCACCUUCCUUCUGGGUACAACACGCUGCCACCCCUGAUUCUUCUGGGGGCAAGUGGGUGCUCGCGAGCUCUCCAGCUUCCUAAAGGUGGAGAAGCACGGACUUCCAGGGGCCUGGCCUGGACCCCUUUCUCUGCUCCUGUCCCUGUGCCCCUCAUCUGGCUUGCCGCCCCCACGCAGGCGCUCUCCACACCGUUGAAUUUCUUAUCACUUGGGCCUGAGCCUGGGCCAUGUGGAGGGAGGGUGGCCACCAGUGCAUGUGGGCACCUUGCCUCAAACCCUGCCACCUACCCUGGCCCAGGCUUCGAUGCAGGAGCCCCCCUGCCCCUGAACAAGCCUGUGGGUGCAGCAUCGCAUCCCGUCAGGAUGGAAAUGGACGUGUGCUGCUCCCUAGUCUGGGCCGUGACUGAGGGUGAAGGCCGAGUCUCACGCGUUUUUGUAGCCCCCACAAGACUGCGCAGGUGGCCGGCCCUCACUGAAUGCGGGGUUAAUUUAACUCGGGCUCUGUGUGAGUGGAUGAUUCAGGUUGCCAGAGACAGAACCCUCAGCUUAGCAUGGGAGGUAGCUCCCCUCUUGACCCUGAGUUCAUCUGAGGUUGACUUGGAAGGUGUGGGCACCAUUUGGCCCAGUUCUUACAGCUCUGAAGAGAGCAGCAGGAAUGGGACUGAGCAGCGAAGACCAGCGAAGAACUGUCCCUCCCACUCUGUGACUGCCCUGCCUGUGCCCAUGAGGGGUGAGAGUCAGGCGACCUCAUGCCAAGUAUAGAAAGGGGCACGGCCGGGCGCAGUGGCUCAAGCCUGUAAUGCCAGCACUUUGGGAGGCCGAGAC